AGGCGCGGAGGAGGCGCUGGGGCUGCGGCCUGGCCUAGGUGCAUAUGCGGGGUUUUUUUGCGUUAUUUUUUGUGGUUUUGUGCUUUUUUUGCCCGCUUUUCUGUGUUUCUACACGUGUUUUGCCUGCUCUCAGCAGUGGUGGAAAAAGUUUGGGCUCUGCUUAGGUCUUCGGCCGGAUCCUGGAAAAAAUUGAAAUGGCGCCGGUAAAACCAACGAAAUCCUCUCUCGUUGUGCCCCCCUCGCAUCUGCUCCUGGGCUAAUUUUCUGUGCGGAUUUGGGACCUGGAGUGGGGUAAAAAUGCCCGAGAUCAAAGUCACCCCCUUGGGUGCUGGCCAGGACGUGGGCCGGAGCUGCAUCCUGGUGUCCAUUGCUGGCAAGAACGUGAUGCUGGACUGUGGGAUGCACAUGGGCUACAACGAUGAUAGGCGCUUCCCUGACUUCUCCUACAUCACCCAGAAUGGCAGGCUGACUGAUUUCCUGGACUGUGUCAUCAUCAGCCACUUCCACCUGGACCACUGUGGGGCCCUGCCCUAUUUCAGCGAGAUGGUUGGCUAUGAUGGCCCCAUCUACAUGACCCACCCCACCAAGGCCAUCUGCCCCAUUCUGCUGGAGGACUACAGGAAGAUCACCGUGGACAAGAAAGGGGAAACCAACUUCUUCACGUCACAGAUGAUCAAGGACUGCAUGAAGAAGGUGGUGGCUGUGCACCUCCACCAGACAGUGCAGGUGGAUGAGGAGCUGGAGAUCAAGGCUUACUAUGCAGGCCACGUGCUGGGAGCUGCCAUGUUCCAAAUCAAGGUUGGCUGUGAGUCUGUGGUGUACACUGGUGACUAUAAUAUGACACCAGACAGACACUUGGGGGCAGCCUGGCUGGACAAGUGCCGUCCUGACCUGCUGAUCACUGAGUCCACCUACGCCACCACCAUCCGCGACUCCAAGCGCUGCCGCGAGAGGGAUUUCCUCAAGAAGGUGCACGAGACAGUGGAGAGAGGAGGGAAGGUUCUCAUCCCAGUUUUUGCGCUUGGCCGUGCUCAGGAACUGUGCAUUUUACUGGAAACCUUCUGGGAAAGGAUGAACCUGAAAGCUCCAAUUUAUUUCUCCACGGGCCUGACAGAGAAGGCAAACCAUUAUUACAAACUGUUUAUCACCUGGACCAACCAGAAAAUCAGGAAAACCUUUGUGCAGAGGAACAUGUUCGAGUUCAAACACAUCAAAGCCUUUGACAGAGCCUUUGCAGACAACCCUGGGCCCAUGGUAGUGUUUGCAACCCCUGGGAUGCUCCAUGCAGGACAAUCCCUGCAGAUCUUCAGGAAAUGGGCAGGGAAUGAGAAGAACAUGGUGAUCAUGCCUGGCUACUGUGUCCAGGGGACUGUGGGCCACAAAAUCCUCAGUGGGCAGAGGAAGCUGGAGAUGGAAGGAAGACAAAUUCUGGAGGUGAAGAUGCAGGUGGAGUACAUGUCCUUCAGUGCCCACGCAGAUGCCAAGGGCAUCAUGCAGCUGAUCCGGCAGGCUGAGCCCAGGAAUGUGCUGCUGGUGCACGGGGAGGCCAAGAAAAUGGAAUUCCUGAAGCAGAAAAUCGAGCAGGAGUUCCAUGUCAGCUGCUUCAUGCCAGCCAACGGAGAGACCACCACCAUCCUCACCAACCCCUGCAUCCCUGUGGACAUCUCCCUGGGCCUGCUCAAGAGGGAAACGGCCAUAGGUGCUGCCCCUGAUGCCAAGAGGCCCAGGCUGAUGCACGGCACGCUGCUCAUGAAGGACAACAGUUUCAGGCUGGUUUCCCCUGAGCAGGCCCUGAAGGAGCUGGGGCUGGCUGAGCAUCAGCUGCGCUUCACCUGCCGCGUGCACAUCCAGGACCCGCGCAAGGAGCACGAGACCGUGCUCAGGGUCUACAACCACCUCAAGGGGGUUCUGAAGGAUUACUCAGUGCAGCACCUCCCUGAUGGCUCCAUCACUGUGGAGUCCAUCCUGAUCCAGGCCACGGCUCACUCGGAGGACCAGGGAACCAAAGUCCUGCUGGUCUCCUGGACCUACCAGGAUGAAGAGCUGGGCAGUUACCUGACAUCCCUGCUGAAGAAGGGGCUGCCCCAGAGCACCCCCUGAGAGCUGAGCCCAGAUUUUAUUUCGUUUACAUUUUCAAUGCUUUUUUCUGUUUGAUUUUAAUAAAAGAAUUUCAGUGUUUGUUCAA